AUGGAAAUCUCAUAUGGCGCAGCUGGCUACAAAGGUCUCGUUCACGAGCCAUACAUCUUUUUUCUCGCAUGUUUUGCAAGCAUUGGUGGUGUGUUAUUUAGUUACGACCAAGGUGUAAUCAGUGGCGUUCUGGUGAUGAAUAACUUUGCCAAACAAUUUCCAACCCUCUCUGAAGAUGCGACUCUCCGAGGGUGGAUGGUGGCAGUACUCACACUGGGAGCAAUGGUUGGCGCUUUGGUCAAUGGCCCAAUUGCUGACGCCCUGUCUCGUCGCUGGACUAUUCUCCUAGCCAACAUCAUCUUCCUCAUCGGCUCGAUCAUCCAAGCUGCGUCGAUCAAUGUUCCCAUGAUGUUCAUUGGCCGCUUCAUUGCUGGGUUGUCGAUCGGCCAGUUGUCCAUGGUUGUUCCCCUGUACCUGAGUGAGCUCGCGCCGCCAAACCUUCGAGGAAGUCUUGUGGCGCUUCAGCAGCUUGGUAUCACAGUGGGAAUCAUGCAUAUCGGAGGUACAGGUGACGGUCAGUCUCCUGCAGCUUGGAGACUCCCACUGGCUCUCCAAUGUGUGCCUUCGGUGAUACUCGGAGCUGGGACUUUCUUUUUGCCAUACACCCCGCGCUGGCUUUUGAUGAAAGAUCGCGAGGAAGAUGCGCUUGCCACCCUCGUCCGCAUCCGGCGUGUUCCCUCAACAGAUGCUCGGCUUAAGCUCGAGUUGACAGAGAUCAAGGUCGCAGCCCGAUUUGACAUCGAGACAACCGCCGAGUUGUAUCCUGGCGUGACUUCACGCCUGAAACUCACGUUGGAAAGAUACAAGUCGCUAUUCGUUAUUCGCCAUCUCAAUCGUCGCUUGGCGAUUGCCUGCCUCCUUCAACUCAUACAACAAUUUACCGGCAUCAACGCCAUCAUCUAUUAUUCGCCAACAAUCUUUCGAAAUAUAGGACUUUCAGGCAACUCCGUAGAUCUGCUGGCAACUGGCGUUGUCGGUGUCAUCAACUUCUUCUCCACCAUCCCCGCCAUCAUGUUCAUGGACAGAUGGGGGCGGAAGAAAGUCCUCCUCAUCGGUGGAGUCGGGAUGGGGGUUUCCCAGCUCAUUGUUGGAACUCUUUAUGCUGUCUACAAGGACAGCUGGGGAAGCAAUAAGUCGGCUGGGUGGGCUGCUGCGUUCUUUGUAUGGGCCUACAUCGCCAAUUUUGCUUUCAGCAUCGGAUGCGUCAACUGGAUUAUGCCUUCGGAGAUAUUCCCGCCUGGAGUCCGAUCCCAGGCAGUUGGUCUUGCGAUUGGAACCAAUUGGCUGAGCAACUUCAUCGUUGCUCUGAUCACUCCCCGAAUGCUCGAGGCGAUCACAUUCGGCACAUUCUACUUCUUCCUGGCGUUCUGUGUGGUUCUCAUUGUAUGGGUCUACUUCUUCGUCCCCGAAACCAAGGGAGUUCGGAUCGAAGAGAUGGACAAGAUUUUUGGUGGUAAUCAAGGAGAAGCAGACAUGAUCAGAAUGGCAAUUAUCAGGCAACAGUUGGGAUUGAUUCAAGGUGAUGAGUUGAAGAAAGAAGUUAGUAUGGGAGUUAGCGAGGUGGAAAAGGCAUGA